AUGGCAUCACUAAACCCAGCUCCCAGCGUUAUGGAGCUCAUCACCAAAGAGCCAUUGACUGCAGUCCCAAGCAAAUACAUUCGUCCUGAUCAACAACCUAUUGCUCUCUCUCAUGCAUGUGGAAGGCCCUUGCCAACAGUCCCCACAAUUGACAUGAAAAAUUUGGUCUUGGGGGAGGCCACACACUUAGAACUAGAGAAAUUGCACUUAUCUUGCAAAGAUUGGGGCAUAUUUCAGCUGGUGAACCAUGGAGUUAGCUUUUCACUUUUGGAGAAGCUGAAACAUGAGAUUGAAGGAUUCUUCAAGCUUCCCUUUGAUGAGAAAAUGAAAUACAAGGUAAGACCAGGUGAGUUUGAAGGCUAUGGAAUUGUAGUUCGAUCUGAAAAUCAGAAGCUUGAUUGGGGUGACAAGUUCAACGCACUAAUCAACCCUAUUCACAGAAGAAAUCCAUAUUUAUUCCCAGAGCUCCCGCCAUCCUUAAGGAAUACCUUAGAGGCAUACUUCUCAAAGUUGCAAAAACUUGCCAUGACACUUGUGGUGCUGAUGGGAAAAGCUGUGAAGAUGCAGAAGAGAGAGAUGGAGAUAAUUGAAGAUGGGUUGCAAUCAAUGAGGAUGAAUUACUAUCCUCCAUGCCCACAACCAGAACUUGUUAUGGGACUUUCCCCUCACUCGGAUGCUUCUCUUAUUACCAUCCUUCACCAAGUUAAUGGAGUGGGAGGUCUCCAGAUAAAGAAAGAUGGGGUUUGGAUGCCACUCAACUUCCUCCCGGAUGCCUUUGUUGUCAAUGUAGGAGAUGUUAUGGAGAUCUUGAGCAAUGGGGCAUAUAAAAGCAUCGAGCACAGGGCAACUGUAAAUUCAGAGAAAGAAAGGAUCUCAAUCGCCAUGUCCUUCAACCCCAAAUUCGAAGCAGAGAUUGGGCCUGCAACUAGCAUGUUAACCCCACAAAACCCACCAUUGUUUAAGAGGAUUGGAAUGGAAGAAUAUGUGAAAGAUUACUUUUCCCAUAACCUAAAUGGGAAAUCAUACUUGGAGAAAAUGAGAAUCAAAACUCAUGAGGAAGACAGCACUACUACCACUACUACUACUGCCUGA